AUGCGUGUGGCUGUGCAAGACUUCUGCGUUGCAGACCUCACAGCUCCUGACGACCCUGCAGGCUACUCUUGCAAAAGCCCUGCAACAGUUAAAGUAGAUGACUUUGUUUUCUCGGGCCUAGGCGUUGCUGGCAACACUACAAACAUCAUCAAGUCUGCAGUCACCCCUGCAUUUGCUGCUCAGUUCCCUGGUGUCAACGGCCUUGGCAUUUCACACGGCUUUGUUUCCUCAGCAAACACAGUUUAUCUACAAACUGUCGCUGCUCUACCGUCACUCGUCGCUGCUCUACCUAUCACAGCCAUUAAGCACAGCCGCAGAGCACAGCCAAGCACAGCCACUGCACACUGUCUGCCGACAUGGCAACUGACUCUUCCAGCAAACACACCAAAUAUGAAGAUCCCAACGAUCCUCUUUAUCUUCAUCACUUUGAUCAGCCUGGAGCGAUCCUCGUCACACACCCUUUGA